AUGUCUGCUGAAGGUGUCACCGUUGGCGACACCUCAAACCGUUCUGCUCCGCCUGCAAGCUCCCCUUCGAACACGUCCCAGCCACCUGCCCCUAGCCCCACCCUUGAUCACAAUGGAAAGGACACAAAGUCAAAGGAGGACAACAUGAAUGUCCAGGUGGAGACUGCAAAGGCGCAAUGCUUACAAGAUGUCCCAGAGGAGGUGGAUGACUUUGGCCUUCCGAUUCGACCUCGCUCAAGGCCCCAACGAUACCCUGACGAUUCCUCCGGCGACGGCAGUAAUCGCCCUGAAACUCACAAAAUUCCCAGUCCAAUCCCCGAAUACCAAGCAGAACAUGUGGAGGCGAACCAGAAGCACAAUGUAGAGGGUGUAGAGGGGGUAGAUCACCGAAAAACUGAGUCCCAAGAGUCCGCUGCAGUAUCUCUAGAAACUCCCAAAAGCCAACAAGAGGAUCACGACGCCCCUUCUUCCUCCCGGAUAUCAGCCUCCAAUCCAAGAAAAGCCGAAAUUUCGGAAUGGUCCCAUAUGCGAGUGGCCCAGCCUCACCAUUCACAUGACGAAAGUGAAGAAGAGGAAGGGGAAGAAGAUGAUGAUUGGAAGGCAAUGCCAGCUCUUGGAGAAUUCGACUACUAUGACGACUACGGAAGACUGAUCGCCCGUGGAACGCAAGAGGAGGAAGACAAUGAAGCUGUUUAUAGAGGAUUGGGCGGUGCUGGAAGGGGAUACACCCGAGUCCAACUCGAUGAGGAUGCGCAGUCUGCUACUAGUAUGGACGAAGAUACAAGUUAUCUUUUUCGCGAGGCGGGAGAUAACUCGGCCGGUUUGGUCGGCGAGGAACUUCGUGACUCGGUCAGCCAGCUACAGGCCACAAAGGAUCUUUUGAACGAGACCCAAAAGAUUGCUUACGUGGGCGUCGUUCGAUUAGUGAUUCAUAUUAUAACGCUAGAGCUUGUCGAGCUGCCCAAGACGAAGUCCACCCGCAAGGUUGUCCAGAAGGCCUUGGAUGCGAUGCGAAAAUGGGGACAGGCCAUGAUGGGCCGAUUGUACAUGCAUAUGGAUAUCGACGUCGCCGAGCAAGUUAUGAUUGAGCAACUUGCGGAACAUGGCGUGCAGCCAGAGGAUCUAGUUCGACCUCUCAUGCAGAAUGCACGGGUCAAAAACCCCAUGGCAGAGACCGAAUUGAAGAAAUCGUAUUCAUCCAUGUCAUCUCCAACUUUCCAAAAUGGAUCUAGGAUGUCUUCGGAUACUGGCGGUUCUGAACUUGAUUCACCUCCCCCAUAUGAGGCUCAUGAUAGUGAGGAGCCCACAGAAGUUCAGAUGCCGUCUCAAAUGCCUACAUCUGCCCGCAUCGACAUUGAUCUUCGGUGGACUGUUCUUUGUGACCUUUUCCUGGUGCUUAUAGCAGACUCAAUUUACGAUGCUCGGUCACGGACUCUUUUAGAAAGAGUAGCAGCAGCUAUGGAUAUAUCUUGGCUUCAAAUAUCACGCUUCGAAAAACGCGUGAUAGAUUCCCUUGAAAUGCAUGAACAGGCCGAACAGAAGGAGAACUGGGAUGAAUCAGAGCAUAUGGAAAAGCGUAAGCAGAUGAAUAAGAAACGCAAGUUCAUGAUUAUGGGUCUGGCUACAGUUGGUGGAGGCUUGGUUAUCGGAUUAUCUGCCGGUUUGCUGGCUCCUGUUAUUGGAGCAGGUCUCGCCGCUGGACUCACGACAGUGGGUAUCUCUGGAACCAGCGCCUUCCUGGGAGGAGCCGGCGGCACUGCUCUAAUCGCUUCUGGUGCUACUCUGAGUGGAAGCGCCAUCGGGCUGAGGGCUGCUAACCGCCGUACGGGAGCCGUUCAAACAUUCGAAUACCGGCCAUUGCAUAACAAUAAAAAGCUGAACCUCAUUGUGACCGUAUCCGGAUGGAUGACUGGCAAGGUUGACGAUGUUCGGCUUCCAUAUAGCACAGUGGAUCCGAUUAUGGGCGACAUUUACUCUGUUUUGUGGGAGCCCGAGAUGCUUCGCAGCAUGGGUGACACCAUAAAUAUUCUAGCAACCGAGGCAUUGACUCAAGGCCUACAACAAGUGCUGGGAAGUACCGUAUUGAUGGCUUUGAUGGCCUCGUUACAGCUUCCCCUGGUCCUCACAAAACUCGCCUAUCUGAUUGACAACCCUUGGACCGUCUCCAUGGCUCGAGCCCACUCGGCAGGCUUAGUCAUGGCCGAUUCCUUGCGGCAGCGAAAUCUAGGCAAUCGGCCUAUUACGUUACUCGGCUUUUCCCUGGGAGCUCGAGUCAUCUUCUCCUGUCUCACAGAGCUGGCGAACAAAGGUGCCCACGGACUCAUCCAGAAUGUGUACCUGUUUGGUUCACCAAUUGUGGCCAACAAAGAUGAAUAUCUUAAAGCCCGAAGUGUGGUAUCUGGAAGAUUUGUGAAUGGAUAUUCGAAGAAUGAUUGGAUUCUGGGCUACCUUUUCCGGGCCACCAGUGGCGGUAUCAUGCGUGUAUCUGGUCUGGCGCCCAUUGAGAGCAUCCCUGGCGUGGAGAACUUUGACUUGACUCAACUUGUCAAUGGCCAUAUGGACUACCGUUCUGCCAUGCCUCGUAUCCUGAGAGAAGUGGGCUGGGAAGUGCUGGAUGACGAGUUUGCUGAAAUUGAGGAUCCAGAUCCAGACAACCAUGCUGAACGACAGAGAGAGUUGAUUCGUGAGAUUGACGAGGCCCGUCGAGAGGCUGAGCUCAAGCCUGAGAAGAAGCGAUUCGGUCUUUUCAAGCGCGGCAAGAUGGCAGAGAAGAAAUCGUGGGAGACAUACAACGUCGACCGAAAUGCUGCACCACGGGACUUGAACGACCCAACAAAUGUACCGGGGUCAGUUCUUUUCGAUAUUGAAGCCAUCCGCGCCGAAUUGGCGUCAGAAGCGAUCGAAGUCAAGCAGCUGGAGUCUACUCUGCCACCAAUGAGACUCAAUUUAAAUCCUCCACCAGAGUCCUCGCCUGUGACUCCAAAUGAGAAGACAUCGAAGACCCUCGAGACCCCUGAGCCACCACGGACACAAUCAGCACCCCCGCUUAAUAAAUCCCCUUCAAUACCCAAGUCUUAUGAACCUUCUCACUUAUCCAAGGAGGAAGAAAUCGAAAUGACCUUCGACACUUCCUACCGCGAAUCUUCGCAGAUCCAGCCCCGAUCUGCCUCCACUAUGCCUGCUAUCGGCGCUACUGCCGUUGGAGCAAUGGCUCUUGAGCCCAAUGCUUGGGCCGAUGAUUAUCUUGAGCAAGGAGAAGAUGAAUUUCAAAUGACCUUUGAAUGA